CUGAUAUGUGAAAAUCUUUUAUUCCAGAAGGAAGACGCAGAGGAGGACACGGCCCCGAACUUCAACUUUGCAGCCGAACCAUUCAACGGACAAGUGAUUUCGAAAGAAUUUCGUAUCUCGGAUAAAUCUACUCCAGCGGAUCUAUCACAACAAGAUCUCACUCAUGCACAGCUUGACAAUUGUGCCGAUGAAGAGGAACAGUUAGAAGAAGAGCUUUUUUUCGAAGAUGACUCCCAUCAGCAGGACGAUGACUAUAUUGAAGUGGAGAUACUAACAAGCCAUGAGGAGGAUCAAUACGAAAACGCUUCUUUUCCUCUCGUUGAACUAGGAGCUUUAAGCGGUGAAGUCGACACAGAAGACAAUCAAACUGAAGAUUACUGGGAAGUAAUGAAAGAUAAUGAAAUUCUCGAGCGAAGCCAGAAUUUGACAAAACACCCUCUUCAAGCUAGCGCAAUGAUUUUGUAG